GCAGUCACCAUUUAGGGAGCAUCUGUAUAUCUCCACGUCACUGCCUUUCUGAUAAAAUGGCUGAUCCGGUCGGUAUUAAAUCUUGGGUAUAUUCAUACCUGCAAUCGACAAAACGAGUUGCACCGGAGUACACCAUCACACAGAAGCCGGCUGGCCGCGGACGGCAGCGAUUCGUUUGCGAACUUAGGGCUGAAUCCUUUAAUUACGUUGGGAUAGGAAAUUCCACUUCCAAAAAAGAUGCACAAACAAACGCUGCUCGAGAUUUCGCCAAUUAUUUGGUUCGUGAAGGCUUCGUGAAACCUGCUGAUGUUCCUUCCAUCAAGCCUGGCGAAACAGGGGAACCAGAUGCACCGGUACCGCUCGUACAACCUUCUGUGCCACCGAAUUUCGCUCCGCCAUCAUGGUCGUCUGCGCCGUCCCAAAUGGGGUCCACAUACAUCAGUCGGAUUUUCGAUCAGAAGAAACUCGAGGAGGCGGAGGAGGUUGAUUUAACAGCAGAUAUUCACGGUGGUUGGUCGAUGGAAAACGCAAAAGCACGCUUAAACGAAUACUUGCAGGCUACUCGACAACAAAUUGGGGAUGUAAAGUAUACGGCUCUUGGACCGGAUCAUAAUCGAAGCUAUGCUGCUGAGCUGACCGUUUUUGCCAAGGGUUUGAGAAAAAAUCUUUAUUCACGUGAAACCGGGUCUAACAAACAAAUGGCAUCGAGGGCAUGCUGUUUAUCUCUUGUGCGCCAACUCUUUCACGCUGGUGAGAUCGAAGCUUAUACUGGCGAAAAAAAGAAGAAAAAGCACGAUGAGGUUCCUCCGUAUGAGGUCAACUUGGACCCACAGGUGGAACGAUCGCUUGCUGACCUCCUAGAAGAACUUAGAAUCAACCCAUCUUUGCAGCCACCGAAAAAUUUGCCCUCAGAUCAGCCCCACAACAUGAUCGUACAAUACCAACUAGUGGAUUUUGACGAAAACCCCGUCCAACCACCUCAGAUGAUUUCUUGGUGUCCUCCACUACCCAACUGGAACCCAUGGUCUGGAUGUAACAUAGACGAGGGUCCGGAGGCGUCCAUGCAAUUGAGCGAGAUAAGCAUUCGGUUGGCAGACGAACGACUCCGCCGCUUGGAUACCGAACCGAAUCUGCGGGCCUUGCUAGAUGACCGAGCUCAACUUCCGGUUCAUCCGUACAAACGUUCUAUUCUGGAUGCAGUUAGCCACAACCGAGUUACUCUGAUUCGAGGCGAGACAGGUUGCGGAAAAACAACACAAAUCCCUCAGUUCAUUUUGGAUUCCUUCCUCGAAGCAGGAAAAGGCGCUGAGUGUGCUGUGUUAGUCACUCAACCGAGGCGCAUAUCCGCCAUCAGCUUAGCUGAGCGAGUGGCUUUCGAACGUGGUGAGGUUAUUGGGACGUCGGUGGGCUACUCGGUUCGCUUUGAAACGGUUCACCCUCGUCCAUAUGGCUCCAUUUUAUUCUGCACAGUUGGAACCAUGGCUCGCAAAAUGGAGUCCGGUCUACGUGGAGUUUCCCACAUCAUUGUCGAUGAGAUACACGAACGAGACGUGAACACCGAUUUUAUGCUCAUUCUGCUGCGCGACAUGGUCUUCGCUUACCGCGAUCUACGCUUGGUGCUGAUGUCCGCCACGAUCGACACUACCAUGUUCGUUGAUUACUUUGGGGAGUGUGCGGUUUUCGAUAUUGAAGGUCGAACGCAUCCCGUCGAAUAUUAUUUUCUUGAGGAUUGUAUCAAGAUGCUCAACUACACUCCACCGCCUCUUGAAGACAAAAAGCGUAAACGGAAUCAAGACGAAAAUUUCGCUGAAGCGGUUGCCGAGAACUGCAACCUUAUUUGCGGUCCUGAAUAUGGGACAGAGGUGGCGCUCUCAUUGAGACAGAUAAUUGAGAAGGAGGUCCCCUUCGAUCUUAUUGGGUGUUUAUUGGAAAGGAUCGCUAGUAUGGGCAUCCCCGGAGCUGUUCUCAUCUUUUUACCUGGUUGGAAUAUAAUUAGCAUGGCUCGAAAAUACCUCCAGACCCACCCACGAUUUGGUGGAAAAGACUAUUUGAUCUUGCCACUUCACUCCCAAGUACCCCGCGAAGACCAGCGUCUCGUGUUUCGCAUACCUCCCCCUGGAGUGACAAAGAUAGUCUUAUCCACUAACAUAGCAGAGACCUCUAUCACUAUCAACGAUGUUGUAUUCGUUAUUGACCUGUGCCUUGUGCGAAUGAAGCUGUUCACCGCUCGAAACAACAUGACGUCCUAUUCUACUUCUUGGGCUAGCAAAACAAACCUUGAGCAGCGCCGCGGCAGAGCAGGUCGUGUAAGACCAGGGUAUGCAUUCCACCUGUGCAGCCGCGCCCGUUUCGAACGAUUGGAACAACAUUCGACUCCCGAAAUCCUGCGGACUCCGCUCCACGAUUUGGCUCUACUUAUCAAACUUCUACGCCUUGGAUCAGUGGGCGAUUUUUUGAAAAAGGCUAUGCAGCCCCCACCACUUGACGCCGUAAUUGAAGCUGAGCACACUCUCAAAGGUAUGAUGCUUUUUGAUCAAUCAGUCGAUCUGCUAUUAUUGUUUGUUAUCGAGUGGCUUCGGAUGUUGCUUCAUCUAGAACGCGCGCCCUACGGCAUAAUUUUCGCCCUUGCACUUCUUGCUAAACUGCGAGCUUAAAUGUCAAUAGUAUCGUGGAGUCAAAACGCUCGGCUCCUGAAGAAUUUCACCGAAUCCUUUCCCACUAUAUGUCAUAAAAUUAUCAAGCAUUCCGAUUUAAACUGACCAGGGAACUUUCAUUAUCACCUCGAACCGUCAUGUCAUCUGGUUUCCCAUACUACGAUUUCGUCGCUAGUUUCCGGCCUCGCACCUGCCUACUUUCUGAUAAUCGAUGGACCGCUGGUGGCAUUUUUUCAAUUUAGACUUAUCUAUGCAGCUGAUUCUUGGUUGGUUUGUCUGUUCUGUGUGUUCAAGUUCACUUUUGGUUCGUAUUCAUUUCUGUACUCUUCACUUUCCACCCAAGAAAUGAAGGCCUUAGAUAAGAAUGACGAACUUACUCCUCUGGGCAAAAUCCUAGCCAGACUUCCUGUCGAACCUCGUUUAGGCAAGAUGUUGAUUCUUGCUUGCGUCUUCAAUCUGGGUUGUGCUACUUCUAUCCUGGCUUCUGCUGCCAGUCUUGGUUGCGAACCAUUCCUGAUGCCUCCCGACCGCCGGCGACUGUCCAACGAACAAAGACGUUUCGCCGCGGAUUAUUCUAGCGAUCAUCUUGCUGGAUUGAACAUAUUUCAGGUUUGGUCAUCAGAGCGAUCUCGCCGUGGCGAUCAGGCCGCUGAAUAUCUGUGCGAACGCUGUGAACUUAAUGGACCUGCCUUACGUGUGCUGGAGGACGCUGGAAAUCAGCUGCGCACGAUCUUGCUCAAUUUAUCCUUUCCUGAGGAAACGCUUUCCGAUUCUGGGAUCGAUUUCAAUGUGCCCAACAAUGUGGACUGUGACGUACUCACAUCUCUGUUAACUCUUGGUCUGUACCCAAACAUCUGCUAUCACGUGGAUAAACGAAAACUUCUUACCAUGGAAGGAACUGUAGCGUUAGCACAUAAAGGUUCGGUCAACUGUUCAAAUCUGAACGUGAAGUUCGAGUUCCCCUUUUUCGUAUUCGACGAAAAGAUUCGCACUCAGGCUGUAUCAUGCAAAGGACUUUCUAUGGUUCAUCCCAUUCAGCUCAUGCUGUUUGGUUGCCGGACUGCUGUAUGGAAGAACGAAAGUUCGACAAAUCCUGGUAAGGGUACUGUCAUUCUUGAUGAUUGGCUGCCCUUAACGAUGCAAUAUUCAUCUGCUGCCCGCAUUUUCGCCUUGCGCCCCGCAUUGGAAGCUCUUUUAGUGCGUGCGUGCCUUCGCCCUGAACAGCUUUCAGAACCAGAGGAAACAGAUCAAAAUGUAAUAGAGAUGGUUCGUCGUUUGUGCUCGCGACAACCUACAGAGCCCAAGCGAUCUAAUUCCUCAGCAGAUGGUUCGCCGCCGCGCAAAAAGUUCGCGUCUGUUCGUUAUCAACCGCUACUUUCCGGCCGCUCUCGGCGUACAAAUCCGAUGGAGGAUUUCGGCUUCGAACGUUACACCAAUCAUCCUGAACAGUUUUAUCCACCAGAUGUACCAAAUCGGCAAGCAUGGAGCGUCCCGAAUGCGGAUGCUGACGAACGGUACAUCCAACCUGCUAGACCGUACCCUCCUCGAUUUCGACAGCCUAGUCCUGGUUAUUUAAAUCAAGCGGGGCCGCAACGCGGGAUGCCACCACAGCGCCCCCCUUUCCCCCGGUUUGCUUCUUUUGCUCCUGGGCCACGAUCCGACUUUAACUACCAUCCUCGCGAUCAGGUGUCCGCCUACAAACGACAUUACUGAGCUUACUGUAGGCUUCCAUUUGCUUCCGGUGUUCGCGCAAAUUUUCAUAUACAUUGUACUCUUUGCUACUCCCUCUAUCGAACAUCUUGAACUUUGGAAACUGGUUUUAUGUUGUCUGUCAUAUAUUACACGUUAGUGAAAUAAACGGUCAACACCUU